AUCAAAUAUCAAUCAAUAAUCAAUAAUAAUCAAAAAUUGCUGCCUUGGCAGAGGUCUGCGCUCUUGGAUUGCUUUUCUAGUUUAGUAACUGAUAUGAUAAAAUGGAGAGACGCCAGAGCCCUUCACGGGAUUUGUUUCGUCUUGAUCGCCAGAGCCCCCUAUACUUCAAUUGGUAAAUACAGGUUUAGCGGGACUGGAGUAAAAGAAGCUUUUUCUUCGAGCAUCUACUUUAUCAAUAUGGUGAGUGGUUUUAAGCUUCCAAGACGAUUUAAUGGUUGCCUAACUUGUGUGGAAGAUAAGAAAUUUGUAGCCAGAGUAAGCUAGAGUCCCAAGGAGACUUUAAAGGGAGACUGUCCAAGAAUGGAUGUAUCAGAAGAAGAAUUAAGCAACCUAGACCUUUAUUCUGAUCUGCUGUCUACUGAUCAUCAGCAUGAAGAGAUUGAGAAACAAGAGCUGAAGUCUAGACUUGAAGAUGUUGUGAGAGAAAAUGAAGAAAUGAAGAAAGAAUUGGCUAAAUUUCAUGUUCAAACAGAGACAUUGGUCAAAGAAAAUGCUGUGUUAAAGAAGAACAUGUCAGCACUUUAUCAGACAGCUAAACUGGAGAUGAAAAGAAAAGAAGCUGAUAUCACCAGGAUGAGAAAAACCAUGGAAACCUAUGCCAAACUAAUCAGAAAACAGGGUUUAUCAUUACCCAACCCGGAGGUGAAGCCUGCUGUUGUGAAGGAAAACUUCAGUGGUACGUUCAUUGGCAGCAGGGAAAGAAAUGUGAACCAAACGAUGCCUGUGAAGGUUUCAGAUCCCAAGCCAAGGUCAGAAUCAGAGAAUGUUCAAACAAGGUUGAUGGGUAUUGCUGCAAUGAGUUACGGUCAGGGGUUCCAAGGAUCAUCAGAGGUGGAAAAAAAUGACAGGUCAGGUCCAGAAAAGUAUAAAAAUUGUUCAGAGGAUGAAGGCAAGGUUAUUGUAAAGAGCAUAUUUUGCGACUCAGAACAAGUUGAAGUGACUAACAGUAGCAUUCAUGGCAAUGGACAGAAACAUGACAAAAAUGAUUUUAUAGACAACAGAACUAGUAAGGAGAGAAAGAAGACUAGUUUAAAAGCAGAUAGUAAAGGAAAAGAGAAAAAUGCCCUCCACAGUAAGAGAUCUAGUAAUGAUAGACUUGAUAGAACACCAGAGACCAGAUAUAGCAGAGAAAGAGGUCAUGGCUCACAAGAAAACAGAUCCAACAAAGAUGACUAUAGAUGCAAUCAAAAACACAAUAAAGAUAAUGGCAAUAAAAGUGUAGAAAGGAAGUCAAGUCAUGAUAGAGAGGACAAGAAACCUGUUAAAAGAGAAAGUAAUGAAAGAGACAAUUAUAUAUCAGAGAAAAGACCAAACAUGGAAAGAAAAGAUGACACUGUGAAGAAAAAUGCUAGAACAAGUGAAGACAAAUGUAGACCAGAGAAGCUUUUAAGCAAGGAGGAGAGAAAUAGUUUUGCAGUUAAGACUUCUGCUAGCAAGGAGAGAAGUAAGCUGGACCGCAGUACAGGUGGCAAAGACCGGUGUCAUGAUAGUAGAAGUCAUCACAGUCAUGAAAGAAAGCACCUUGACCUCUGUGAUAGAAGAAAAGAGGAAGUAAAGAGCAUAGAUGGGGAUCAUAGUAAAGGGCAUCAAUGUGAGGCCAAGCAGCAUGGCAAAGUGUUAAACCAUGCUAACAAAAAGAGAAAACUCACCACAGGUCAUUCAGAAAGACCUUCUAAAUUGUCCCGGAAAAAUCAAAGGGGGCAUUCUGAAAGUCACAAGCAUUCAAGGACUAAGUCCACUAUUCACAGCAGUGAAAAAGACAGGGAUUCAUUAGAACAUGAACAUCUGGUUGAACAUAGAUCUCAGGCUAAGAACACUGGAUUUAAAUAUCUCAAACCAACAAAGCCCUUUGACAUAGAUAGGAUGGAACUUUAUAUGAAACAUGCCCAACACCAUUUUGAAGUAAGGAGAAGAAAAAAGAAAGGUUCUGUUAAGACUUUGGAUCUACCCAGAACUGCUGUGAAAAAGACAGAACAGACCGGAAAUUCCAGCCAGCUGCCAUGUCCAGAUCAAAUAGCUAAAACUCAUGAUCUUGAUGAUCCAAUUUGUCAAAGAAUUGAAAACAGUGUGCCCAAAGUUACAAAUGGUGUUAGUAGUGAUUUAACAAAUAAACGAGCUGCAGCACAUGUAUUCUACCCCACCCACAAAGAGGAGCAACCUUUUGACAGAAGCUUUAAUGAAGAUGCUGUAGGAAAUAAUUUUGGGGAAGGGAGUAAGAUGAAAGAACAUGAAGAAAUGGCAAAUAUUGGUGGGAUUUAUAAAGGGAUAAAAAUGGAGCCUGUGGUUACUUUGUCUGAGACGGAUUCCAAAGAAUCUAAAAUAUCCAAGAAAGAGAAAGAUGUGUCGAAUGAAGCAUACCAGACCGGUGUAUUUGACAGUGAUGUUGUCGAAGAAAUAACUGGAGUAUCUAAUCAAAUUGAAUCAGGUGUAGGCUCUGCAUUAUCAUGUGCUAGGACUGAAGUACCUGCAGCAGUAAUGGAACAUAAUGGAUUGAUGGAGACCUCUGAUGUGUUAGAGGUGCAGCAGUUAAAGCCAUUUGAACUAGAAGGCGAUAUUAAAAAUGCCGGGAUCAAAGAUAUGUCGGAAACAAGAGAAAUUCCCCAGUUGGUGCAAAAGAAUAAAAUGGACUUCCCUGUUGAAGUGAUGGAUUUGUCUGAGAGGAAUGAAAGUGGGCUUGUUGAUAUUGUAGAACUGGGAUUGGGAGAAACUUCUCCUUUGAUUGAUGGAGAAAUGGACGAUUUAGUUCUUGAUUUCAAGGAUAGAAAUGGUCUUGAGAAUGAAAGUGCAGAAGAGGGAGAAAUCACAAGUGAAUCAGAGGAUGAAACCAAGAGUAGGAAAUGUACAAAUGAACCUGUGAAAAGUAGCAGAGACAGCAGACAAAAUUGUCCUGAGCAUAGAAAAAGGAAUUCAAAUAAAGAAUUCUUUAAACGGCAUCAUGGUAAAACUGAUGAAAGGAAUUUGAGUAAAAGUCAGAUAGAAAAAAGAAAACGCUCUAUUUCUCAUAGUGAAAAUGGUUUCAAGAAGGAUGCAAGUCACCACAAUUCAAGGUAUAAAAUAAAGGACACCAAAAAUGAGGGCCAAGAAAAGAAAAAAAGAGAUGGAAGUAGAACAGAUAAAAAUUUACAUAAAGAAUAUUCAGAGAGUAAUCAGCCAAGAAAGCAUAGGAAGGAAAAUGAAUGUGAAGCUAAAGAAAAUUGUCCCAGAAAAUCCUAUUCAAAAGAUGAUAGAAGCAGGUCAAAAAGGCCUUAAUUAAUUCUAUAACAUUUUUCAAAUGUUAUCAGUGACGGUCUUAAAUAAUUGAAAGGGUUUUAGAGCAUUUUACAAUUUCCUUUUUUGCUAUUUAUGUAAUUCCUAUUUUUGUGAAAUGAAAGUUGAUGUUUAUUGCUGUCAAUAUCAAUCUUAAGGGAUUUGCCAUUAUUUAUUUAUUUUAUUAUAUAUAUGUAGAUUGUGUAGGUAAGUCUGCAUAAUCAAAUAACUCAGAAACUCUUAUGUUCUUGUAAAUAUUGAUUUGCUGGAUGGCAACAGACUGUACUAAAAAUACUGAAUAUUUCUUGAAAUAAAAGCUUUUCUACAAUUUUUAUACAAAAUUUUCUACAAUUUUGCAUUAUUUUCAGACCGUACUUAACUUGCCUGCAAACACUGGGCAAUGCAAUUGAUAAAACCUACAACAAAGAAUAUUAAAACUGUGCCAUGUUAUGGCUGCCUUAAUAAUUUGCCUUUAACCAAGAUUACAGGGCUUCCUCCACCUGUACAAUUAUGUUUAUGAAGUUGCAUCUUAUUUGGUAAAAGUAAUUUGUCAAAAGACCCCAGACAAUGCCUGUGGUACCAGAAAAUGCUACUUGUUUUUGAAAAUUGUGCAUGUAGCCCUGAUAAUUAUUAUUAUUUUUAACUUAUGUUGAUUCCUCAUAAAUUGUAUGCAAUAUAAUUUUUUGGUCAAAAAGUAGGAUUGAUAAGAAAUAAAAGGAAGAAUAAGAAAAGUGUUUAGCUUGGAAAAGUUAACUUACUGUCAGUUCAAUACAGUAGGACAGAUGUACCAUAAAUUAUCUUGCCA